AUGGCACUUACUCACAUCAAAGACAGCCGAGUCAUGUUCAUCAUUGACAACAGAUACCCAGGCUUGCGCAGGUCGGUCAAAGAGCAAGGUAAAGUAGAUACCUCACAGGAUAACGUGAGAUGGGCGAGGGAUCUCGAGAACAGACCUGUCAAGAAAAGACCAGUACUCACUGUGCUCGCCCAGGAUAAGCCUCCAAACUCACCGUGGGUCAACGAGGUCUGGCCAUCUGUAUGGACAAAUGGACCAAACUGGCCCAACGAUGGCGAGAUAGGCAUCAUUGAGAGCGUCAACCUCAUGCCCAACAAUCAGAUUGCUUUACACACAACACCCGCUGCACUCACACAACACCCCAAGACCAGUCGGGGGCCUCUGUGGUCGACGACUGAAGUCAGGGUUCGGGGUGUACCGUUGCGGAGACGAAAGGGAACAGCUCUGGGGCUGGCUUUGCUUCUGCACAGGGGGGGCGUGUUAGCAGCUCAGUUUGAUGUCUCCGGAAUAUAUAUCUGGUUCUGGAGUCGAGCAGAUAUCCCCGAAUCUAUUACACAGCUAACAUCAACUUCUCCCGUUGAUACUAGUUCUUGGGGUGACCCAUCAAGCGCCUAUCCCCCUCCCAGUUCUCGUAAUAGACAUCACUCUGUGUGGUCAGUGACCGACGAUAAUGUUUAUGGUCCCGGCCGUUCGACCUACGAUGUUCCACCGGUACUAAUUCCACCAGUGCGACGUCGACCACCUCAACCGCAGGCUCUAAUCCCGCAACGACCUCUCACGUUUAGCGGUGUUGAGUGA